GUCCCGAUAGGAUCAAUACCAACAGCUAAAUCCUUCUAGAGUAGAUUAUUUUGAGAUAUCAAGCAAAAUAUGUUUACUGCGUAAAUCAGACGGGUUUAUUAAAAUGCUAAUUCAUUCCUGCCAGCAGGAGGUGCUUUAAGCACGAGAAAUUAAGGUUUCCCUUAAUGGCUGUAGACGCAGCUCUUGAGUUUUCAACUUUUUUCUAACAUGCGGGAUGAAAUGAAAAUGACAUUUUCUAAAUACAAUGUAAUACAUGUAUGGGAAAACACAUCACCAUAGGCUGGUGUUCCCGAAGAAACCGUCUAUAAGCGAAGUUUGGUUUUUAAAUCCUACACGGCGCUUCAUAUUUUAGUUUUACUUCUCGUCUCUGUCAACGCUUCACACUCCUGUCCAGUUGGCGGCGGUACGGCGGCAUUUCUACUGGUGUCCCAGCCAAUGUAAGCAUCAAAAGAAGAAGAAGCAGAAGCAGCACAUAGACAAAAAAAUAUAUAUAUAAAUAUACAUAUAUAUAUACAUUAAGAUGGGACUUGUGUCUAUUCAUUCGUUUUUAAUUAAGCGAAUGACAGCAGUAGCUGAAGAAAUAUUUAACACUCUUAAAGAGAAUAUGAUUGAAUAUGAGCAGGAGAUCGAGCGCCUGAAGCAGGAGAACUGUUGUCUGAGGAGCGCACUGACUGAAACACACCAUGACACUCAGGAAGAUGCAGUUCCACAAGGUGCAGUGGGUUUAGAGCUCUCAGAAAUACAAGUAAAGAUGGAGGUUGCCACCGUGCUGUCUCACGAGCCUUUGACUCACGAAGCUUCUACUAUAACUUCAGCUCUUUCUGAAGAUUUUAAAUGGCAGGAAACUGAUCAGUCCCUCUCACUUCUGCCGAAUGUGAUGUCGAAGAAUGCAGAUCUGCUGUCAUCUGUCACAGUCAAGUCGGAGUGGUGUGAUGAUCAGACCAGUGAAUCAAACUCAUCUGCAGUGCAGUCUGGGAGGGAUUGUAACUCUGAAAUCGCAGCUCCCGAACAAGACCCUUCGUCUCCUCAACUUUGCAUUGAAACUUCUGAUGAGGUGGUACAAAAGGCAAUUAAAAAUCACCAGAAAACAUCAGUGUGCAAAAUUUGUAGCAAGUCUUUUAGCACCAAAGGAAGUUUGCAGAGACACAUGCUUGUCCACCAGAACAUGACACCUUUCUGCUGUGGUUCACGUGGCAGUCAUUUUAAAUCCAAACUCCACUUGAAAGAGCACGAGAAACUCCAUACAGAAAAACGAGUAAAGCAUCAGACAGAAGAACCAGUCAAUUCACAGCUCUCCCACGUGGAAAUAACAUGGCAGCAGGACAGUGUAAAUGUGAAUGCAAACUCACAGCAGUCUACCAGGUUAAGUCUCCGUGCUCAGGGCUCUAGGAAACUUCCUUUUCAUUGCAAGAUACGUGACAGACCAUUCAGACAUCAAAAGAGCAUGAAGAACCACAUGCUUUCGCACCAAGGUGAUCGAAACUACCCGUGUAUAUUUUGCGGCAGAAGGUUUCUUAAGAGCUGGCAUCUUGCGGAGCAUUUAAGAAUUCACACUGGAGAAAAACCAUUUGGAUGCAAUAAAUGUGGAAAAAUGUUUGUUCAGUGGAAUCAGGCCAGAUCACAUAUAAUUAAGCAUCAUGAAGGAGAUAUGUCACUGCUGUCAAAGGAAAAAAUGUAAACCUGUACAUCAUUUCUUGUGUUUACCACCUCUUUAACAAGGAAAUUAGAAUAGUAAUGUUAUUUUGAAUUUCGAAUGUCAUGUUAGACUUUUAUCUCAUUUUUUGCAAAUGUGUAUUCUUCCUUUAUCUCAUGUCUGGCAUUAAAGGUAUAGUUUACGCAAAAAUGAAAAUGACCCCAUGAUUUACUCAACCUUAAGGUGUAGCCUAUAAGACUUUCUUCUUUCAGAUGAAUACAGUCAAAAUUACAUUUAAAAAUGGCUCUUCCAAACUAUAAUGAUAGUGAAUGGGUGUUGAGGUUUUGAAGUCCAAUGAAGUGCAUCUAUUCAUAAAAAAAAGUGCUUCACAUGGAUCUGGGGGGUUAAUAAAGGGCUUCUGAAGUCAAUGCUUUUGCUAGUCUCAUAAGAACCAC